AUGGUUGAGGAGACAAGCAGCUGGCUCUUCCUCCUCCUCUUCUCCGUCGCGCUCCUCGCCGUCGCGCUCACCACCGCCCGCCACCGCCGUACCUCCAGCGACAAGCAGCCGCUCCCUCCCGCCCCGUCGCCGCUGCUCUUCCUCGCCAAGUUCAUCCUUCUACGCCGCUCCAUCUUUGACCUCGGCCCGCUCCUCCGCGACCUGCACGCGCGCCACGGCCCCGUCAUCUCCGUCCGCCUCUUCCGCACACUCGUCUUCGUCGCCGACCGCCGCAUCGCCCACCGCGUCCUCGUCCAGGGCGGCUCCACCUUCGCCGACCGCCUGCCGCUCCCUGAGCCGGGUCUCCUCUUCACCGCCGACGCCCACGACAUCAACUCCUCGCCCUACGGCCCCUACUGGCGCCUCGUCCGCCGCAACCUCGCCGUGGAGGUGCUCAGCCCGGCCAGCGUCGCCCUCUUCGCGCCGGCGAGGCGGCGGGUAAGCGACAUGCUCGUCCGCGACCUCCGCGACCGCGGUGGCGACGGCUCGCUCGCCGUCGAGCUGAGGCCGUCGCUCCGCCGCGCCACGUUCGAGCUGCUCCUGUACAUGAGCCUCGGCGCCAGGCUUAGCCCGGAGGCGCUCGACGAGCUCGAGAGGCUGGAGCUGUGGAUGCUCCGCUCCUUCACCAGCUUCCCCGUCUUCUCCUUCUUCCCGGCGCUCACCAAGAGGCUCUUCCGCAAGCGGUGGGCAGCUCACGUGGCCGUUCGCCGGAGGGUGGACGAGCUGUACCUCCCACUGAUCAACGCUAGGCGCGCCGGAGCUGGAGGCGAUCCACCCUGCUAUGCAGACUCACUUCUGCGGCUACGCGUGGGCGACGAAGGCGACCGGCCACUGAAGGACGCCGAGGUGACCGCCCUCUGCUCCGAGUUCCUGAACGCCGGCUCCGACACCACGGUGAUCUUGGUGGAGUGGAUCAUGGCCGAGCUGGUGAACCGGCCGGACGUCCAGGGCAAGGUAUACGACGAGGUGAGAGGGCGGCCGGAGCUGAGCGAGGGCGACCUGCAGAGGAUGCCGUACCUGAAGGCCGUGGUGCUGGAGGGGCUCCGGCUGCACCCGCCGGCCCACUUCUUGCUGCCGCACGGCGUGCAGAGAGACGCCGAGAUCGGCGGGUACGCUGUGCCCAAGGGCGCGGAGGUGAACGUGCUGAUCGCCGACUUCGGGCGGGACGAGGCGGUGUGGACGGCGGCGCGGGAGUUCAGGCCGGAGAGGUUCCUGGAGCUGGAGGGCGGCGAGGUGGACGUGACAGGGAGCAGGGAGAUAAAGAUGAUACCUUUCGGCGCCGGGCGGCGGAUGUGCCCGGGGUACACACUGGGGAUGCUGCACGCGGAGUAUCUGGUGGGCAGCCUAGUGAGGGAGCUGGAGUGGCUGCCGCCGGCGAAGGGGGUGGUGGUGGACAUGACGGAGGAGCUAGACUUCACCAUCGUCAUGAAGCACCCGCUCCGUAUCGCCUCGUCCCAAGGGGAUGUAAAUUAA